AUGCCUUUCAAGUUAAAAUUAAAAAAGACUAGGCAGUACAAUGUGGCAUCUAAAAGCUUAUUUGUGAUAAGUGUCGAAUUGCUCGAUGGCGGGGUAGCAGACUGCACUCUCUCUGUAGACAGCACGGGACAGGAAUGUCUGGACAAUGUAUGUCAAAGGCAAGCAAUAAAUCAACCAGAAUUUUUCGGUUUGCGCUAUAUCAACCGUAGUCAACUAUCAAGAUGGGUGCAAUUGGACAGACCCUUAAAACGCCAACUGGAAAAGUACUCCUCGGCUCACCAGCUUUACUUACGAGUUAUGUACUAUGUCAUAUCAGGUACGAGUCUCAUUUCGGAUGAAGUGACGCGGUACCACUACUUUUUACAAUUGAAGAAUGACUUGGUUGAAGGCAGAAUUAUAUGUGAUUGCCAACAAGCUGUGGUUUUAGCUUCUCAUAGUAGACAAGCUGAAUAUGGUAAUCAUGACCGAGAAAGACAUACUGUGGAGUACUUAAAAAAUUUGUUGACUUUUCCAAAGCAGAUAUUGGAUAAUGGUCAGAUAAUAGAGAGCAGUACUUUAGCAGAGAGCGGUAGACUGGAGUGGCUAACGGCAGCAGUUAUACAGCAUCAUAUGUCUCUUCAUAAUAUGUCACAGGCUCAAGCAGAAGAAGGUUUCAUCACAACAUGUCAGCAGCUCCGAGGAUAUGGGCAGGAGAUGUUUACUGCAAAAGACCAACGAGAUCAGAGCGAAGUGACUAUAGCUAUUUCCCUCACUGGGAUUCGGGUUCUUUCUGACAGUAGUGACACUCCACACUUCUAUCGGUGGAUGGACAUAACCAAUGUUAUAAAUCACAAGCGAACAUUCAGCAUCGAAUGUCAGAAGCAAGGGGAAUCGGCAUCAUACGCUUUGCCCAGCCCUGAGGACGGAAAGUAUGUCUGGCGAAUGUGCGUCCACCAGCACACCUUUUACAUGCGGCACCAAGCUGCCCUCAGCGCGCCCAGGGACGAGCAUCGGCCGAAGUUUCAGGAGCACGGACUAUCAGAGAGUCGUGAAGAGCUGGACGUGAGGGACAUAGGUAGCACGUCGCGCUUGGAACCACUUACUGCUGCUCACAGAGCACAUUCCACUUCUUGUUUAGAACUAGCUGACCAUAGGGCUCAGCCUAGGAAUAGAGCAUUGCCACCGUCAUAUCGCCCCGCACCCGAUUACGAAACUGCGAUACAACAAAAGUAUCAACAGCAGAGAGCGGAGGCUCAACUUCGGUACCAGAAUCAUCACACGCACUCCCAACUUUUGAAUACCACUGCUCAGCCUCUUGUCUAUGGCUCCCACCCGGAUAUACAUCGCAUUCAUUACCCUGAUGUGACUAGGCACACUGUGCCGACCACCCAAGGUCCGACAACUGAGGAUUAUGCGUAUGGCCUUAAGUAUGUAGGUAACUAUCCGGUAGCUGUAAACCCCAAUGUCCAAACCGAUCACGCGUUACACUACGUUAACGUAUAUAAACCUCCCCCACCCUACCCUUCAAACGGCCUAGCCUCCAAUUCUACUCCAGACUUAGCCGUCGCUAGCCAAGCUCUUAACUACCACAGAGGUUACAUUAACUCUCACGUAUCCGGUUCUAGUCCUGAUCUAGUCUCUACGAGAACGGCCCUCAAUAGACAAUACCUUAGUUAUGUCACUCCUGGUCACGUCUUGAACUACGGUGGUCCAAACAUCCUCCCGGCAACGCAUGGGACAUACAACAAUCUUCCUUCAGUUUUAGAUCCUAAUUCUCAUAUUAUACUUGACCCUCACCACAUCUCUGACAAUAUACAAAAAGUAUACGACGAAAGAGGUAACAUAAUGUAUUCCAUGCCAAUGCGACGAAUAUCAUACCAAAGGCACAUUGUGCUACCCCAAAAGCUAAAUGAAACUCAAGAACCGAUCUACGAAAACGUUCCUCUACCCUGGCAGAGCGAACAAAAAAUACGAGAAAGAGCACAGAGCUUAACGACGACGGACGAAAUCAGCAGAUUAAACGAGAAAAAUAGCAGUUAUCCCGCUAUCAAUAACUACGGUCAUAUUAAUAAUGUCGAUUACGCACCCAAAAUCGACGACAGCCAUUACGUUAACGCACAAAUAAUAAAAGGCGUGCGAGAAUCUAGCAUGCCUAAAGAAUUAAACGUCUCUAGUCGAUCCAUCAACAGAGAGUUAGAUAACGGCCUGUCUAUUGAUGGACUAUCGAUAAAAACAGACGAAAAAGAUUACGAUGAAACCCCCUAUCAGAGUCUGUCGACGCAUAGAGUGUCAAAUAAUAAUACGAUUAGCAAAUCGAUGGAUAAUGUUACGUCGAUAAAUGUGCCCGACAUUAGAGUGGACACCUCUCAGACGGACAGUGCUCUAUCGAGUUCUAUAAUAAACUCGACCUACAGCACCAGCGUGGAGCUCGAUGCGAGUAAAUCUAGUAACAAGGAGAAAAAAAGGCGUAGGUGGGGAAUGUUUAUAGGACGCAGUAAUAAAACGGAAGUGAAAAGCGCUACUUUAGGUCGCGAUCGUGCAAAAACCGGUCAGCAGACUAACAAGCACCGCUGGUCAACUGGCUUGCCUAAGAGUCAACCACUUCCGCCGAGCAUUACCAAAGAAACGUUGUGCCAAUUACUAGAACGCAAGAUGUCGGAUGACCACUUGUCGUUCUCGUUCGAACAAGUCCCUAAAGGACGAGAGAUAGAAGGGGAAUACAAAACAGCCCUUUUAUCGCAAUAUUCGGCGUACAACAACGGGGACUCGCUGCCCUAUGAAGACAAUAGGGUACGGCUGCAUCCCACUUCCGAUAACCCUCACGGAUACAUCAACGCGUCACACGUUACAAUGACUGUGGGCAACUCGCAGCGCUUCUAUGUGGUAGCACAGUCUGGCGGUGUGGAACAAGCGGCCCUGCUGUGGGAAUGCGUCUGGCAGGUUGGCGCUAGGCUCCUGGCACUAGUCAAUACGGAACUACCUAAGUACUUGCCACCAGAACAUCAUGCCGCAGAUUAUGGACAGUUCCAAGUAUCCUGUGGAAAGUGGUCUCGUGCCCCUUGGGGCGGAUCAGUCCGCGUGCGCUUGCGUCGCGGGCCUCGCGCGAGGCACCUCUGGCACGUACACUACUCGCGAUGGCCAUUGCAUAUAGCCGCACCGGAGUCAGACGUAUCCGGAUUUAUAGAAUUCCUCUCGGAGCUGAACGGACUACGAUUAGCUUGCGAAGCGGAAGCUAACACAGAACAGCUGGCCGUGACGUCACGUAAUCCGCCGCUCGUAGUGACAUGCGCGCGCGCAACGGGUCGCAGCGGGACUGCUCUUGCCGCCGAUCUGUUGCUUCACGUUUUAGACACAAACCAGGAACUAGAUAUCCCUCGAACCAUUAGUCUACUGCAUCAACAGCGAGCGAACCUGAUAGAGAAUGUGCAUCAGUAUAGAUUUCUACACCAAGUAUUAUUACAAUAUCUGAAACAAUCUAGACUUAUAUAA